AUGGAGUUUGGGAGCCCAUCAUUACGGAUGAAGCACCAUGAGAAUACGGUAUGGAAGGUGGAGGAAUCGAGUACGAAGACAUUUGGGAUGACAUUUGUUGUGGAGAUGCAGGAGACAUUGGCAUUGAAGAGAGCAUUGGAGCCAUUGAUGAGAAGUCCAAUAAAUACUCCAUGUUCAAAAGGAGUCGCCCAGUUGGCUGUAAUUGAUCCAGCUAACGGAAAAGUGGCUGAGAAUGCCAUUCCUUGGAAGAUACGGGCAGUCACGAACCAUCCGUAUCCCAGAGUACUGGCAAGAGGUACCAACCCAGUGGAGACUGAAAAAUGGCUCUUUUGGAAAGGUCGAGACAUGGGAUUUUUGUGGAAAACUGCAAAACUCGGAUUAAAAGUCGGAUUGGUCGCCGGCGCCGUCAAAUUGUCUAUCGAUAAUGAUAUUUGGUCGACUAACAACGUUAAGGGAAGCGAAUUGUAUCAGAAGCUGAAAAAGUACAUUCUUCCGGGUACCGUCGUCUUUCCACAACAACUUCCAACUGUUGAGGAUGUUCAACUGAAAGCUGGUGGAACAUGGAAUAAUGCCGUUGAUUCGGUCUUCACAACCAUCGAAAAUGUUCCUUCCAGUGUGAAUACAGUGGCAAAUCGACUCAUCAAUAACAAAUAA